AUGACUACUUGGGAUCAAUUGCUGGAACGAAACCGAGAGUACUCGGAGACAGCACAUGUUCCCAGGCCUGAUCUCCGAGAUGUCAAGCCCUCUCCGAUUAUCAUUUUUUGCUGCAUUGACCUCCGUGUGCCAAUUCAAGAAUUCCUCCAGAUAUCUCCAGAAGACUGCGGUUUCACGUAUCAUACAGACAACAACCUUCGGCAAAAAUUAAGACUUAAAUAUCCGAAUCUCGAUGGCAAGGUCGAUUCACUGUCUUGGGAUACUUUUGGAUCUAGCGAUAGGUUGGAAGAGAGCGUCCGUGAGGAUUUGCGCCUUCUGAAAGAACAGAAAUUUAUUCGACAAGAGCUUAGAGACAACGUCAAGGGCUAUGUUUAUGAUAUAAAAACUGGCAAACUCAAAGAAGUUGUGUGA